GUUUCAUCAUCAGAUUUGUAUGUAUAUUGUGUCCGUUCGUCUUUGUUUUUCAAUUGCAAGUCCGUCAAUUAACAAAUGUUACUACGAUUCCCAUUUGCGGUCGUAGAACGUCGGGGAAUUGCUAUCAGCGUGUGCUAUCAACUGCCAGAAACGGAGCCGUAAUCACGCUGAUACCCUUUGCGGAAUCGCCAACAAAGGCCUCCUAGGCCCAUCAGGUAGCGUCGACAGAUUCGGAAGGCACUCGGUCAAGAUUGAGGAGAUCUCGAGGCUGAGGCUAAGGCUGAGCCAGAGGCAGAGGCAGGAGCUGCUUGUUGCUGUGCGGUUCGCAAAGGACUCAAAAUUGAUAGAAACAACAAAAAGGCUGCUGCAACUGGUGCCUCUUCCGAGGACCAGCCGCCGCGCAAAAAGGGUCGUCGCUCAGGAGGCUCUUCGUCCUCAUCCUCGUCCGUAUCCGUUUCCGUUUCUGUUUCCCCAGCCGCAGGAUCAAUAGAUGCAGCAUCUACGUCAAGAGCGGCCCAACAGUUACAGCAGCAAUUGAACACUAACUCGACCGGCACACCAGGAAAUACACGAAUCCGAAAAUCGACCUCCCCCCCAGAAGGAAGCAGUAACAAGAAAAGACACAGGGACAACCACAGCAGCAGUGCUCGACCCAGCAAUUGUGGACCGAUCAUGCAGAGCACUACUUCUACGUCGAGCGGCUCCUGCUCCCGGCCAUCAGAGGGUUCAGCCCUAAAUUCCGGGGGCAGUGCCGAAAAUGUUGCAUCCGGCAGUAACGAUGAGAGCGCAGGAAUCGGUAUCGGCGAUGAGAAUCCCUCCGGCAGCAGUGCUGCCACCAACGGUCACGACGCCAAACACAAUGGGUUCCUUGUGAACAACAACGGCAGCAGCAGUUGCAUCGUCGAUGGUGAAAACAAUCGGGAAAAUACUAGCUACAGUGGCGUGCAACUGGACAAGUCCAAUCAGGAGAUCAUUCGGCUGAUCGGGCAGUACUUGCAUGACGUCGGCCUGGAUAAGUCAGUCAAAACCCUAAUGGGAGAAUCCGGCUGCUACUUGGAGCAUCCGUCGGCCACCAAGUUCCGUGAGCAUGUACUCAUGGGCGACUGGGCAAAAGCUGACUCGGAUUUAAAGGACUUGGAACCACUUAUCGACAAUGGAAAACUCUCAACGAUCACCGAAAUGAAAUUCAUCCUGCUGGAGCAAAAGUAUCUGGAGCACCUAGACGACGCAAAUCCACUCGAAGCCUUGCAUGUGCUACGCAGCGAGCUAACACCGCUGCAGCACAAUAUAUCGCGGGUGCAUCAGCUGUCCUCGUACAUGAUGUGCUCGACUAACCAGGACCUCUACCAGAGGGCCAAGUGGGAGGGCAAAGGUAUCGUGUCUCGGGCACUUGUAAUGGAACGCCUGCAGUCUUUUAUGCCGCCAUCGGUGAUGAUGUCGCCACGCAGGUUGAAAACACUGCUGCAGCAGGCCGUUGAGCUGCAGAGCCAGCACUGCCCCUGCCACGACAUGGCCUGGGAGACCAAUCUGGGGACUGUGUCGCUCCUAACAGACCAUUGUUGCACUACGGACGGCUUCCCCAUGCAGACCAUACAGAUUCUCACCGACCACUGUGACGAGGUCUGGUUCUGCAAGUUCUCGCCAGACGGCCUGAAGCUGGCCACCGGCAGCAAGGACUCGACUGUGAUCAUCUGGGACGUCGACCCCUACAAGCUCACCCUCAAACACCGGCGUGUUCUCGACGGUCAGGCGCAGCUCAGCGUAAGCUUUGUCAGCUGGAGUCCCGACUCAAAGCUCAUCCUCGUCGGCGGCACCGAGGACUCCCACGAACUCUACAUUUGGAACGUCGACGAUGGCAAACUGGUGGUCAAGUUCUCUCAGUCUCUCGAAGACAGCUUGGCCUGCGGUGCCUUUAGUCGCGACGGCAGCCGUUUCGUCUGUGGCGGCCAAAAAGGUCAGCUCUACCUGUGCGACCUUAACGGCACCAUUGUCGAUUCGUGGGAGGGCGUGCGGGUGAACAGCAUAGCCUUCCGGGCGGACAACAAGACUAUUUUGGCGGCUGAUAAUCAUUACCGUAUAAGAGGGUAUAACUUUGAUAACCCGCGUACAGACUUUGAUAUUCUGAGGGAGCCGCAUCCAAUUAUGACCUUUAGCAUCAACUCGGCUGACCGUCUAGCUUUGCUAAAUGUCUCCAACCAAGGCCUUCAUUUGUGGGACAUUGAGGACAAGUGUCUGGUGCGCCGAUUCCAGGGUAUAAGGCAAAGUAACUUUGCCAUACACUCUUGCUUUGGCGGUGUAAACGAGAGCUUUGUAGCCAGCGGAAGCGAAGACAAAGUUGUUUAUAUUUGGCACAUCAAGCGCGAGGAGCCGCUUGCCAAACUAGCUGGCCACACCAAGACAGUCAACUGCGUGUCUUGGAAUCCCGUUUACCCGUCCCUAUUGGCCAGCGCCAGCGAUGACGCCACCGUCAGGAUCUGGGGACCCAAGCCGAAUGGAAGUAGUGCAACGACUGAGAGCGACGACUGCUCCUCGAGCUCGUCCUCGUCUUCGUGGAAUAUGACUUAAGACCGUAAGAGCAUAGUAAAUGGAUGUGCAAAGGGAUGGAUAUUGGAUGCUGAUUUAGGUUUAGGCGCCCAGAUUUCGAUUGCGACUUCGAUUUCGAUAUCGAUUUGGAUAUAUAAUGCAGAAGGUGGUGUCCCGCUCUGCUACAAACUGCCAUUACAACAAUAUGUAUGAGCAGCAUGACUUACGAUUAGCAUUAAUUACUUAAGUACAUUCAUACGAAUGGAGAGGCAUAACAUCAUAUCUACUAUGCUAUAACCACAAAUCAAUUCGAUUCGUUCUCAGAUGUCUUUUUUAUGUACCAAUUAUGUACCCCGGUCUAUAUUACCGACGACUGUUCUCGGGCUUUUUAUCUAACGAAAAGUUGAUCGAUCUGCUUGGUUCUAAAUUCAUUGCCAUUUGAUUCGUUCUCUGCAGUUUCCAACAUAUAGUAUGUAACACAAUUUGACGUAUUUCAUAACCAACAGAUACAAUAAAAAUAGUUCUAUAUAUGUUUUUAAAA